AUGGGGAGGACGAGGUGGACGCACCAAGGACGCCUCAAGGAAUCAAACGGAUGCCCAGAGGACGCACUACGUUGCCACAUUGACUACAUUGCAGUUGUUCAGCAAGGCAACACUCAGGUAGGCGUAGAAAAACGUUACGCAGAAGAAUUCGCUCUCCGACAUCAUCGUCACAUUACCGCAAUGUCGACUCGGGUCCACUUCCUCCUCGUUCUACCACUUGUACACAGGCCAUCUGCCUAUCGAGAGUACGAAAGAUGUGAAAAACUUCUAGCAGCCCAGAUUAAGCAUUUCUCCAGCUGCCCUUUAAGUGGGCUCCUCAGGUCUCACACAACCCAGCUUGUCCACAAGGCCCCACAUCUCCCCAUCACUCGCGUCCAGCGUGCUCCAGUGAUUGCACGUUGUCAGUCAUGCGAAUUUCAAGUCGUCUUCGAGUCGACGAUCGAUGAGCCAGGCACAUCGCAGUUGUGA